GAGUCGGCGUCGCGUUACGAUCGCUUCGGUGCGUUGGCACGCGUUAUCUAACUAUAGCAGCAGCAAAAACCGAAUCAACAAGCAAACAAACUCAUAAAUACUAUAGACAGUGUAUAGAAAACAUAUAUACAUAUACAUAAAAUAUCAGAAAUAAUAAAAACAAAACUAGCUGUGGGUGUCUGUGUGUGUGUGCGCGCGCGCUAUUUUCGACAUUUGGUCUUCUUGUAAUGUGAAAAGCCAGCUAAAUAAUAGACGCAACAGUCUAGUUAAAAUGUCAGGGACGCUCAGGCGUCUCUAUAUAUCGAGUAUUCGAAGUAUUAUAAUGAUUUAGGCAACAAUUGACACAUGGUCAAAAAUGCAAUAAUGGUAAUUUAAUAUAGAAUGUUACCCAGCCUGCACACCUUGAUGCGUUGUUCGAAGCGUGUGCUGCAGUCGCCGCUGGAUGCAGUCAAGAUGCACAGCUCUGGCCAUAGUAAAGCGCCCGGCGGCGGCAUGUAUGGGCCCUUUACGCCGGCCAACGAUCUGAGCUGCUCUGGCCGCGGUGAUUGCGUCAAUAACACCUGCGUCUGUGACAUACGCUAUGCCGGCGAUGAGUGCGACUUCUUUAAUUUGUCCUACUAUGCGGGCAUCUCCACCGUCUUCUAUGUGGUGGCCCUGGUCUCGGUCAUCCAGCUGCUCAUCUGCAUUGUCGCUGAGUAUCAACGGCUCAAGCAGCCGUCGAUUCUACGCGCUUGCCGCAUAACCACUCAAAAGUUGCUCUACUUUAUGGUCUUUGUGGCUUCCUCGCUGCGCGGCGCCUACUUUACCACACCUCUGGAUCUGCAGCCCCAGUGGGCAGUCACCCUGAUGUCCGCUUAUUAUCCGCUGCUGAUGACCUGCGCCUCUCUCAUCGUCUGCAUGUGGGCCGAGAUAUUCCACUUGCGCGAUAUACGUUGGGAGAAGUCGCAGUUUCUGUCGAAGAGCUUCCUAGGCUUUGUCGCAUUCAACUUCUUCCUUUACAGCCUAUUUGGCAUUGAAGUAUUCAGCUCACUGAUAAAUUCGGAGCGUCGUGAUUAUGCGCACAUCUUCAAUGGCUGUUAUGCUGUGCUCCUGCUCAUUGUCGUUAUCUUCUUUCUGAUUUAUGGCGUGGAGGUAUUCUUCAAACUACGCGGCGGUUUUGUCUACGACCAGACGGGCAAAAUACUUGGACCCAGCGAGGCUAUCGUGAAUGCCUCGCAGCUGCAUCAGUCGCGUUUCGGACUGCUCAGCCAGGCCAUAAUGCUGAUUGUGAUUGUUGGCUUUCUUACCUCCGAAACACUUGGUGACUUAUGGAAGGGCAAAGUGCCGGUCAAUUCGCGCAACUGGUAUGAUAUCAUCUUUCGUAUUGCCGAAAUAGGGGUUGCGUUGUGGUUUCCUUGCUGCCUGUGGAACUCUAUGGCACCCGAACAGCUCUGGAUAUUGAACCCGCGUAAGCUUUUGUCCCGUCAAAUCGAUCCAUCGAUACCCACACUCGAUGCUGACAGCAAUAAACUGUCGCCCGAAGAGGGACAGACAUUCCUGAGCAAAAAGGAUUGCUGGAUAUGCUAUGACAGCGAUAAGCCGGAACCCCUCAUUCAGCCUUGUCGCUGCACCGGCGAUGUCAGCUCUGUGCAUCAUGAGUGCCUUAAACGCUGGCUAGUCGAGAGUUGUGGCAGCAACAACGAAGCACAGCUGGCGUGCAAAGUUUGCUCGCAUCCCUACGAAAUUGAGAAAUCCAAAAAACUCGAGUGGGACAAGGGAUUUACCAUACAACAUUGGAUGAAGACCGUCAUAUUGAUAACGCUGAUGUGUGUGACCGGUGCCACAGCCUGGGCCAUUAUACAAAUGUAUGUGGAUCCGUUGGUGCGUGUCCUAACCGUUGGUGUUGCUGUGCUCAUUGGAUAUGUGUGUGUCAAGUGUCUGGGCGAGAAUACAGUGGUGGCCUACCAACGGGCCAAGGUUAGCUCCAUUAACAUUGUGACUAGUUCAGAGAUGGAGAAGCUUCAUACCAUAUGCGAGGAUGUCAGUACAGCUAGCACCUCAGCGGCAGCUGCAGCAUCACAGGCCGCCUCCUAAAACAAACAGGAGUUAAAAUCUAUGUUAUAAGGAAACCUCUGACCCGUACACAAAUGCAAAUACGGAGUAUACAUAUUUAUAUAAAUAUAUAUCACAUUCAGACAGACGAGAGACACGACACGAACGAUAUAGUUUUUUAGAUUUAGCGCCCGUUUUGCACACAUUUUUGCUCAAGGCCCCCUCCAAAAAAUUCUUCCCCGCAAACUGUGUACAUAGGUUUUAAGUCAUUUAGUGUGUAGGAAAAUGGUUCGAAACAACAAAAACAAAAAAACGAGUCAAUUUUGUCUCUCAAAGUAGCACGCAUUAUUCCAGGCGGUACAUGUAUUAAAACAAAACAAAAAAACAAGCCAAAUAUUAUAUAAUCUGUGUACCACAUACAUAAGCCAGUAUCAAUUAUCUUACACAAAUUACGGAGAACGUUUUGAGAUUAUGAUUACAAUAACACACACACGUUGCCAAGUAGUUGGAGAUGUUUUUUCAUUUUAUAAAAAGAAAAAUUAUAAACGAGUAGAGUUAACAAAGGCACCAGUCAAUGUCAGUCUAGCUGAGCAUGUUUGUAGUUUGUAGCAUAUAUAUUUAUAUAUAUAUAAAAACGUUAAGAUCUUAAAUUGUGAGCGUAUGUAACGCGUACGUCUCUCCAUACAGCACAGCUAAGUUUAUUUGGCGAAUAUUAAUUUAGGAACACAUACACAAACAACAUACAUAUACAUAUUAUACUUGUAUUUUUUUACUUUUUUUUCGUGUAAUUUGUAUUCAAUGCGAAUACUGUUCGCAGUACCCCUUAAGCCUAUACUUAACGAACCUAAUUUAUAAACAAUUUAUUCAAUUAUUUAUAUAAACCCAAAAACCGCGCCCACAUUUGAAUUGUGUUAUUCAAAGCAUAUUUUGCUACACAAACAUAGUAUCCACAAAUUCAACACAACAUAUUUACACAUUAAGCUAACAUACAUUUUUGUGAUAAACCAGUUAAAA